AUGAGCAGGCUUUCAUGCUUGCACCAGCCAAUCGCGUGCAUCUUGGGGCGGAGCCUACUGGCAUUGACAUUCGGGGUCCGCCGAGGCCAGACAGUUUGCUCAGGGAACAGUGGGCGAUCUACCGUUGAAUGCUCUCGUCGGCAUGACAUCUCUCUGUCGCUGAUGGAUGGAUACGGUCAGCAUUUUCCCCCGAACGGGAAUCGGCCGAAGAGGAGUCUGUGGACGACCGUCAAGGGGAGUAGCCGGGAUUUCUGGCUCUCGACCUCAAUUCCGGGACUCACCAACGCCAGGAGACAUAAAAAUCCUGCUCCGAAACUGCUAUGGUUGACGAUAUUCCUUAUUGGAGCGGCUCUCACGGUGUACUCGGGUUACCAAGUGGUGGCGGAUUACCUUUCCUACCCGGUGAUCACAUACGUAUCCAUGAGCCACGCCCAAAAGAUGCCUUUCCCUGCCGUCACCGUCUGCAACUCCAAUCCUAUAGUCUGCUACAAGCUGGCCCAGUUCCGAGAUCAGCUCCCCGAAUUGUGGAUUGCAUCUGGGUGUCAGAUUACCUCUGCGAUGUUCUCUAAAGUCACUACGACCCUGAAGGCAUUGAAUGCAACGGGAUUCAAGGCAGCACUCGAUCGGUACUUGCAAGGAGAAGUGAGAAACAUGACCGACUUGGUAUUUACCAUAGUGGAUGGAAACUACUCGUAUGCAAACAAAUUGACGUCUCUGCUGAAUUUUAUUCCUGGGAAUGAUACUUCGCCUCAAUUGCAUUUGCUUCUCGACGCUCUUUUGUGUGCGGACUCUGCGGCUUUCAAGGCUGGGAACGGCAGCAAGGCCUUUGAUACUCUCAUAUCCUAUGCGAACGGAAUUGCGAGCAAUACAACCGUUACCCCGAUAUCCGCCGCGACACUGGAGUCCAGCAGUAUAGCAUCCACUGUAACAGAAAAUGCGAGAGAUGCGACUGCUACAACAUACACAACAGGAACUGUGAGCAACACAGCUGCUGCAACACCAGCCACAGCAGGUGCCGUUUUCACUCCAACUUCUGCAUUCACCCCCCCUACAGCAUCAGAUGUCAGCAGUAUAUUUGCUGCAGCAUCCACAACAGGAACUACGAGUAGUACAGCUUCUGCUGCAUCCAUUACAACUGGAUCUGUUAGCAGUGCUGCUAAUACCAUCACCCUCACAACAACAUCAGAUGUCAGCAGUACAAUUGCUUUAACAUCUACAACAGGAGCUGCAAGUGAUAUAGUCGUUGUCCCAACAUCCGCCGCAACACUGGAUCCCAGCAGUACAACAGCUGCAGCAUCCGCCACAACAGGAUCUAUUACAGCUGCGACCUUCACGUCCACAACAUCAAAUGCCAGCAGUACAGCUGCUGCAACAACCACAGCAGAAAUUGGGAGCAGUACAACUGGUACAACAUCCACCACAACAGGAAUUUUCAGCACUACAACUGCUGCUCUCACGUCCCCCGUAACAACGGAUACCAGCACCACAACUGUUGCUGCCACAUCUACUACAACAGGAACCACAAGCAGCCCAACUUCUGAGUCUACAUCGACCACAACUGUUGCUGACACAUCUACUACAACAGGAACCACAAGCAGCCCAACUUCUGAGUCUACAUCGACCACAACUGUUGCUGCCACUGCUCUUGUAUCCACUGCGACAGUAGGCAGCAGUAGUACAACUGGAAAACCCUCGACUUUCUCAGGGAGAAGGAAGAGAUAUGCACCAAGCAGUGGGACAACGUCAGAAACAAAUUAUACUUGGGGAAGCAAUCCUUAUCUCUCUGGAAGCAAUCCUUAUACCUCGGAAAGCAAUUAUGGUGGAAACGGUCCGGUGGACAUUAGCUCUGCAACCGAUGAUUACUUGAAAUACGUGGAGAUGAUGGAAGCCUUCUCCAGAGUGGAUGAUUCAUUGAAGCAAAGAAUCACAUCUUCGCUGAAGGAUCUAAUCUGGAGAUGCACCUUUCAAGGAACCGACUGUUUGCAGGACGGAGUCUACAUAUAUCGUGCUUUUGAUGAUUACUCAACAAAAAAGUCCAUACUCAGCUUGUCACUGGAAGUGUAUAUAGACCAAACGAACUAUAUGAAGAACACGAUUUCAGCGAGUGCCGGAGCCAGAGUCACCAUUCAUUCCCCGGACCAAUUGCCGAAUCCUGUGGAACAGGGAUACUUCGUUCAACCCAACACUCACACUGUCUUUGGUUUACAAAUUGUGAACAUGUCCAGGUUGUCGAGUCCCUACGUCACCAACUGUGUUUCGAACUGGACUGAGACCGACUUCAACCCCCUUCCUUCUGGAUUUAAUCAAAAUAUCAGCAAUCAGAAUUUCAGCUUCGGCUACAGUCAAGUCCAAUGCGAAAGGCUGCGACUAACGGCCGAAAUCGCCAAAAUUUGCAACUGUUGGAACCCUGAAGUCCAGGACUCUUUUCGCCACAACGGAUCAUCCUAUCAAGGUCUCAGUCCGUGUAAUAUCAACGUCGGAGCCGAUGAUCAGGUGUGCAUUGUGAACGUGUCCUUAGCCCUCCAGAACAAAAGCAUCGUCUGCGGUCCUCCCUGCAAGUGA